GAACGACAGAGACGGGUUUUUUUUUUUUUUUUAAUCGAUAUAUAGGGUAAUGGAUUAGAUUAGAUUAGAUCCCAAUCCAUCUCUCCCUUCGAUACUUUCGAUCCCAAUCUUGAGAGAACAAUGGCAACGUCCGCCGCUCCGACGGCCGCUCCGCCCACCGGAUCCCUAACCCUAACCCUAGAAGAGCCGCCCUCCUCCUCCUCUUCGCAGCAGCGGCAGCAACCGGCCGAAACCCUGGUUCUCCAACUCCGUCGGCGCCAGAAGAAGGUAACGUGGAAGGAGGGGACGGUGGACAACGAGUUCCUCAACCGGAAGAGCUCCAAGAAGUGCUGCAUCUUCCACAAGCAGAAGCCCUUCGACGAGGACGACAGCGACAACGACGACGGCUGCGGCGGGGGCGGGGGCGGGGCGGAGGUCCCACAGGGGAGGACGGGGCCGGCCCCAGCGGCUGCUGCUCCCAUGGAAGGGGGCACUAAUGGGUGCGAUCCAUUGCUCUGCGAUCAUAUGGAUGUGCUGUAGGUCUGGAGGACUUUACACCAAAUUGUCUCUGUAACUGAGCUACAUAAUUGGAGGUUCGAUAUAGUACCAGGAAGCCUGAACCUUGCUUAUUCCAUUUGUGAUUUUUCAUAAGAUUGUCCAUGCAGAGUUCUUUGCAUCAUGACUUUCUGUUAUGCUGAUCCAAAAAUAUUACUUUUAUAACCUGCCACUUUAUGUGAUUUAGGGCAAAUGUUUUGUCCUGUUGAUGUACUUGUAAAAGUUAUACCACUUUGCAGUGCAAGUGUAUGAUCUUCUAUUUUGAAAUGUGAAUGCAUGGUUUUCUCUUC